AUGGACGAUGCUCUUCCCAUUCCCGGAACGGUCCAGCAGGUGGAUGUAGACCACACCCUGCGCCUGAGACACAAUAAAGAGCAACAGGAUAUCGUCCUGAUCCCUCUCCCAAGCUCUCACCCUGAUGACCCUCUCAAUUGGUCCCGAUGCCGGAAAUUCCUGAGCAGCACCUGCCAAAUGGCCUGGUGCUUCUUCGCCGCCGCUCUCAUCAGUGGUCUGUCAUCCUCCUAUCUCCUGAUCUCGGAAGACACAGGUAUCUCUGUGGCAGAUCUCAGCACGGGGAAUGGCCUCCUCUAUCUCUUCAUGGGAUGGGGCACCUUGUUGACUCAGAACCUUGCGCAGGACUUUGGUCGUCGCCCGGUCCUGUUGGUUGGAAUGCUGGGCUCAUCGCUGUUGCAGAUCUGGUCUACGUAUAUGAAGUCCGUGGGUGAAUGGUACGCCAAUCGAAUUCUUCUUGGAAUUUUUAUUUCACCUCAGGAAGCGCUGAUCGAGCUCUGCAUUGCGGAUAUCCACUUUGCCCACGAUCGAGGCUUCCACAUGGGUAUUUAUAACUGGACCUUGUGGUGCGGUGCGUUUAUGUCACCUAUCGCCGGUGGCUUUGUUGCUGAAAGGUUCGGUUGGAGAUGGAUACAAUACAUCCUGGCCAUUAUUUGUCUUUGCUUUACGGUUAUAACGUUCUUCGGCUUUGAAGAGACGAUGUUCUUCCGCCAAGUUAAUAUUCAAGAACCGAUGUUUCCUUCCCCCAAAGAUACCGGGGAUCUAGAGCCCUCCAUUGAUACUGAUCUCAAAAGGGUCUCCGAAUCCAAAGAGUCAGAGAAUCCCGGUAUUACCCCUGUCGUUGUGGAAGAGAUUUACCAGAUUAAAACAUACACCCAGAAGUUGAAGAUGUGGGGAUUAAGACACCCUUCUCAGCCCUUCAACUUCUUCCGAUCAAUCCUUCUUUCCUUUCGUCUUCUAUUCUUCCCCACGAAUAUCUUUUCCGGUCUUCUCGUGGGAAGUAUUCUCGCCUGGUACAAUGUUCUGGGAGGAUCCUUAGCGGAAGUUCUAGGCGGUACCCCCUACAGUUUCACCACGGAACAGAUCGGUCUUACCUACUUCGCCAGUGUGAUAGGAGUGUCGAUUGGAUGCUACUUCAGCGGCUGGCUCAGUGACAUCCUUGCAAUCAAGCUAGCCAGAAGAAGAAACGGUAUCAAGGAGCCCGAAGACCGUCUCUGGAUGUUCUUGAUUGCCCUCGUCGCUCAUCCUCUCGGAUGCAUUCUUUAUGGUGUCGGGGCAAGCCAUCACAUUCCAUGGAUUGGAGUCGUCAUCGGAAUGGCCUUCAUUUGCAUCACCCUACCGAUGGGAUCUGGCCUAGCCAUUACCUACAUUAUUGACAGUCAAAAAGAGCUGGCUGGAGAGUCAAUUGUGACUGUUAUUUUGAUCCGUAACACAAUUGGUUUUGCUUUUGCAUACGCGGUCAAUCCCAUGAUCACGAACAUGGGGCUGCAGAAUACUUUUAUUCUGAUAGCAGUGUUGGGAAUGGUUUUCUGGAGUGGUUGUUUGCUAUGGAUCAAAAUUGGAAAGUCGGCUCGGAGAUCCAUUGCUAAAUCCUACUGGAAUCUAGUUGAGACUCAUGGACUUGCUGCCCACUAA